AUGAAAAUGCGUUCUUCCGUUAUUUGGAUCAAGGUAGUCGCCCUAAUCAGUGUUCUACUGAUGAGCACGCACAGAGCAGACAUGACAUUGGACGAGGUGGAGGCCACUCUGCAGUUUGAAAUUGCAACGGAUGCAACACCUAUAAGAAUAAAUCCGGAUGGACCUCUUAACUUCCUCCGCGGAUACAUCUACCAGAAAAUGGAGUGCAUGUACAACAAAAGGUUCUUUGCUCCGCAGAUUAAGACAGAGUACCUUUUAAAGAAAAAUGAAGAGAAUGAAGAUUAUACAUACAUCCGAAAUGAACAAAAGGACAAAGCAUACAAAGAACACCCGACUAAUAAAACGGAUACAUAUACCGAAAAGUAUCACAAUCAUCUUAUUGAGCUGUUUCCAUCUCCAACUGGUGACAUAACAAUUGAGACACGAGGAAACCAGUCCUUUGUUCAGUUCCUUCGAGCAGAGACAACAGAAAAGCACUCUUUGCAGAUUCUGGCCAUGCUACUUCUUUUCUCUGAGGGAGUGGACAUUCCUAUUGAAGUCACCAACAGUGUACUAAAGGUAUAUGAAACAAACAAAAAAAACGAAAUAUACUUCACAGUCCCUAUGGAAAUCCCAUGGCUAAACCAUGUGGAAGACAAAGUACAAACAUUCCAACAGAAGAAAGUUAGGCAAAUGGUCAGCUUCUUCCAGAAGAAUGCAAGCAAACAUGAAGUGCUUAGCAUGAUGGAGGACAAAUGUACGAAAGAGGAGGUUAUGUCUGGAAAGUUCUUAGACAGUCCUAAGUUUCUGAUCCAGUCGUACAUAUUCGGGUUCAUAGAGAGCGCAGAGCGUGCAAUUGAGUUUAUACAGGCAGUGCACGCUAUGACAGAGAAGUAUGCAUCAAAGACAGAAGCGCCCAGCAAGGAUGACUCUGUAUACGACAGACUGUUUAAGCCUGCUGGAGCUGCAGCAAACAUAGACUGCAUGGCUCUAAUGAAGAAAACUCAAGAUAUUUUAAAUACAUAUCAGGUCUUUCCAUUUACAGACAGCACGCAGAUUCCUUCAUACACAUCUGUCCCAUGGCGCGACCCGACAACAAAAGAGUUUUCUACUAACCGUUUGCAAAACUACAGCAACUGCGUUGAGUGCAUGAUUCUCUCCCUCUUCUGCUGCCUGGCCUAUGACCCAUCUGACUUUACAUAUAAAACUGACCAUAUGGGGAAUGUCUCUGAAAGUUUGAAAGAAUUCUUCUCUCCAGAAAAUCAGCCAUUUGACACAACAAAGGCGGAGCUCCAGAUAAGGUGGUGCAAAGUUGUUGCGUGCUUAGAUGAGCCUAGAAUUUCAUAUUGCGAGAAUAGAAAUGAACUAGACUGUGGUAUUAUAAAUAUGCUUAUGGUUAUUGCUGAAAUAGUAAAUAUUUCUAAAGAAGAAAAGGAGAAAAUACUUGGCUUUGAACAGAGUUUAAAGGAGAAAAAAGAAGAAUUGGAUGAUAUAUUGUGGGAUGAUAUUCAAGAGUACACAAAGAUGCUACUUAAACGCCUAUCCAAGACAGAAACUGUAGAAAUAGAGCUUUCUGAGCUUAAAAGUAAUAGGCGUAUUAAUGGAAGAUACGAUGUAUAUGGAAGGAUUACUAUGGUAUUUAAGCAAGAUGGUAUCAAGAACACGAUAGUCUUGGGGAUAUCUGAAGACCAUAGUACUAUUAAUAUGCAGCCUGUUGCUAUGGACCUCAAGGACGAUCGAAUAGAGAAAUUGAAUGAAAUUGCAGACAUCUGUAAAAACACGUCUGUAUUUGUUGGAAAUCUAUUUUCUACAUAUGUUGGCUAUGAAGUAAGAAAAAUUGUUAUUUAUGGGGGCGCUGAUUACUUUAUGAAGGCACAGGUGCGCAAGACCAUUGAGAACAACUUCGCAGACAUAAAUAGGCUUCUGCUCAUACAAAAGAUCAAUGACUUAGACUAUAAGAAGAAAUUAGUUACCUGUUCUAUUGUGUACAGUAUGAAUCAAGAGCUAUCUCCUGAGCAUCCCAUUGUUCGGUUUACCUCCAACAUAUUAGGAAGCACAGAGCUAGAUAACCAGGAAAUGCAAUUGAAGAUGCUUCCGUCGAUUAUAUGCGCAGGCCUGCUUAAUAAAAACAGCAAAAGUCUCAGCUACCCGAAUAUAAAUCUUUCAAAGGAAAGGUAUAAAACUGUCCUGGAAUACAUAAAGGAUUAUAGUUUUAUUAUUUAUGUGCUAGAUUGCGAUAUAUCCAUUUUCAUUGUAUGGAUUAAAUACUGCAUAGGCAACUUUAGUCUAUAUAAUCCGAAAGGCGUGUGUGGAUUAUCAGACUUUUGGGUGGCUAUUUCUGUUGCCGAAUAUAUAUUUAAAGACAACAACAUGGAGUAUGCUAAUGCAGUUGAUGAGGUUAUAGUACAAGGCUAUCCUGAAGAGAAAGAUAUGAUGAUAAGUGAUCUUCACUAUACAUGGUUCAUGUAUCUUAUUUCACAGAAAAACCCGAAUAUAGAGUUGGUUAAGGCUAACUUUGACGCUAUCCAGAAUCCAAACCAUAUUCCGAAUAAUUUCAGACAUUAUAAUGAUAAAGAGAAAAUUACCCAAGCCCUCACAGAGCUAAAGGACCAGCUAUGCACUAGUGAAGACUCUAUUGCCAAGUUUGACGAGCUUAUACGCCGAUAUAAGCCAGAUUCUACCACUCCAUGA